AUGUUCGACCUCUUGCCCAUGCUCUUAUCAUCCGUCGCGUCCUUUCUGUUCCCUAUCUUCGCAUCCUACAAAGCUCUCAAGACCUCCGAUCCCGCCCAGUUGACACCAUGGCUCAUGUACUGGGUCGUCUUCAGCUGCUGCUUGCUGGCUGAAUCUUGGGUGAUCCCCUUCUACGGAUACAUCCGCCUUCUCUUCCUACUCUACCUGAUCUUACCACAAACCCAAGGCGCGCGGGAGCUCUACGAAAGAUAUGUCCACCCUUUCCUCGAGGAUAACGAGGGCCAUAUCGACGAGUUCAUUGCCAGUGCGCACGAGCGCCUCAAGACCGCAGGCAUAGCCUACCUCAAAAAUGCCAUCGAGUACAUCAAGACCAAAGUCCUGGGUCUUCCACCCACGGAGCCAACCCCGCCAACCCCAGAACCGGCCGGCCCGCAGAGUUACACCCAGUCUCUUCUUGCUCGGUUUAGUGUUCCCACAGCUAGAUGGGCGGGCUCUGCCACAGCAGGGACUGACAUCUACAGCAUGCUCGCCGGAGCCGUCGCGGCCGCUUCAGGCGCCGCUGCUGGAAACGCCGGCGGGGGUUCCAUUCCCAGAGAUAAACUCAUCCCAUCAGACCUGAAGUCAUCAGGCGAGAAGAUGAGCUUUAUCGAGAUCCAGCGCGAGCGCCUGAAUACCCUUCUAUCCGCGCUCGACCAGGAGGCGCUGGCUCUCCAACAGAAGGAAGCCCAGGCCACUGACCGUCCCUCCUCAAUGAGCAUGGACGGUGGUGACGACGAGCCCACCCAACGAGUUGGAGGCGGCAUCUGGGGCGGUCUUAACAAGAGCCGCAGCGAGGCCGAUUUCGAGAAGAUCGAGGCAGAGAGUGGCGCAGAAGAUGAGAGCUCCAUCCGGAAGCGAAACACGCCCGGCAACAAGGGAGGCUCCUGGGUGCCCUGGGGCUGGGGCGCCGGCUCUGAACCUGGAGCCAGUUCUGGUGUAGACAAGUAG